AUGAAGCUCCGAAUGCUCACCUGGAAUGUAAGAGGGGCUAAUAAUUGCGACAAAAGGAAGGUGAUCAAAGCUUUGAUUAGGAAAAAUAGGGUGGACUUGGUUUGCCUACAGGAAACCAAGAUUCAGGAAAUGACCACGGGCAUUGUUCGGAGCUUAGGAGUGGGUAGAUUCAUUGAAUGGGGAGCUAUAGACUCAAGGGGUGCAGCCGGAGGAAUAGUGGUGAUAUGGGACAACAGGAUGCUGGAGUUGGUUGACAUGCAAAAAGGAUUGUUCUCUAUUACGUGCACUUUUAAGAGCUGCGAGGAUGGUUUUAUAUGGACGUUUACUGGGGUUUAUGGGCCAAUUUUAAGGAGGGAGAGGGAGAGUUUUUGGGAAGAGCUGGGGGCCAUUAAGGGGCUUUGGAAUGGGCCGUGGUGCGUUGCAGGGGACUUUAAUGCCAUCCUGAGUCCGGAAGAGUGUAACAGAGGAGGGAGAUUGAACUCAAUUAUGAGAAGGUUCGCAGAAGUGAAAGAAGAUCUGGAGUUAAAGGACCUGCCCAUGGUGGGGGGCCCUUUUACAUGGACUGGAGGAGCGGGUAAUCAGUCUUCUUCAAGGUUGGAUCGUUUUCUGGUUAAUGAGGAGUGGGAUAGCCAUUUUGGAGAUGCGAGGCAGUUUCUCCUUCCAAGACCCGUGUCCGAUCACUUCCCGAUUCUUAUGGAUGGUGGGGGUAUGAGAAGAGGCCCUAUCCCGUUUAGAUUCGAGAAUAUGUGGUUGAAAGCUGAAGGUGUCAAGGAUCUUCUGAAGCAAUGGUGGGAGGAAGGCAGAUUCAGUGGAUCUGCAAGUUUUAUCUUGGCUGAAAAAUUAAAAUUUAUGAAGGCUAAGCUGAAGGAAUGGAACAGAAACAGUUUUGGAAGGGUUGAAUAUAGAAAGAAUACGGCACUGGAGCAGAUGGAGUAUUGGGAUGCAAAGGAGAAAACCAGCAGGCUGUCAUUGGAAGAGCUGGAAGCCAGAAACGAAGCGAAAGAAGAGUAUAAAAAAUGGGUCUUACUUGAAGAAAUCACGUGGAGGCAAAAAUCCAGGGAAGUGUGGCUGAAAGAGGGAGAUAGAAAUACCGGUUUUUUCCACAAAAUGGCCAACGCACAUAGGAGGAGGAAUAAUGUGGACAGAAUUAAGAUUAACGGAGCGUGGCUCACGGAGGAAAAUGAUAUCAGGGAAGGGAUCGCCAAUGCUUUUAAGACGUUGUUGUCUAAUCCGGGGGAAUGGAGACCUUCUGUUUCUGGGCUGCAGUUUGAGAUGUUAGAGCCUUUGGACGUCAGUGCAUUGGAGUCUCCUUUUAUGGAAGAGGAGGUGCGUGACGCCCUAGAAGGCUGUAAUGGGGAUAAAGCCCCGGGGCCAGAUGGAUUCUCUAUGGCCUUUUGGAUUUUUGCUUGGGAUUUCGUGAAGGCUGAUGCCUAUAAGCUUGGUGGGAAGCUUGUACAAGUGGCUAGCCAAGGUAUUAGCCAACAGGCUAAAAAAAGUGGUUGGAAAGGUGGUCUCAAAAGCUCAAGGGGCGUUUGUGGAGGUAGACAAAUCCUAGAUGCAGUGUUGAUAGCCAAUGAAGCCAUUGAUUCGACCCUUAAGAAUAAUGAGAGCGGCAUUUUGUGCAAAUUGGACAUAGAGAAGGCGUAUGAUAAAGUGGACUGGAACUUUAUUCUCACAAUCAUGAAGAAAAUGGGCUUUGGGGAGAAAUGGAUUAGGUGGAUUCGGUGGUGUAUAUCCACUGCAAGCUUCUCAGUGAUGAUCAAUGGAACCCCUACGGGCUAUUUUCAAAGCUCCAGGGGUUUGAGGCAGGGUGAUCCCCUUUCCCCCUACCUCUUUGUCAUUGCUAUGGAGGUCUUUAGUGUUUUCAUUAAAAGGGCAGUAGAGGGAGAUUUUUUAUCUGGUUGUAGGGUAAAAGGUCGGAGCCAAGAAGGGGUCCUAAUUUCCCACUUGCUGUUUGCUGAUGAUACACUGGUGUUUUGUAAACCUUCUCAAGAUCAGUUGACGUACCUCAGUUGGCUCCUGUGGUUUGAGGCUGUUUCUGGAUUGAGGAUAAAUUUGGAAAAAAGUGAAUUAAUUCCAGUAGGGAGGGUGGAGAGUAUGGAUGAUCUGGCUGAGGAGUUUGGAUGUAGUAUGGGUAGUCUUCCAACUACCUAUUUGGGGAUGCCCCUGGGUGCUCCUUUUAAGUCAGUCACAGUUUGGGAUGGAGUGGAGGAGCUUCAGAAGAAGGUUAACUAUGUGGAAGAGACAAUAUUUGUCCAAGGGAGGAAGGGCGACUCUCAUUCGUAG